CUAAAUUAAAUUCCAAUUUUAAAGAAUUAACUAGAUUAGCAAAACAUUAUAAUGCGAAAAAUUUCGUAAUAAGCAAAGAAUACAAAAAAAAUAAUAUAGUUAUAUAUUUAGAUAAUUCUGAUAAAUUAAACCAGAAAUUUAUUAAAAAUGCUAAAAAACUUAACCCUAUUAUAGUCGAUGUUAGUAAAUCUACAAAAAAUGUGGCCUUUGGUUCGCAUAAUCCAUCGGCUCUAGAAUCUCGUCAAAUAGGCAUUGAACUUUUAGGUGGAAGUGGCUUAACUCAACGUGGUGGUUACAAGCACGGGUUUAUUGACUUUUAUUAUGCACCAUGGUGGGCUCCCGACACUAUCUUGCCUGAAAAUCUUAUUGGAUCAAUGACUAUGCGAGAUGUCAAUGGAACUGAUAGGGGAUUCAUCUUGAAGGAAACUAGCAAUUUCGACGUCAAACCAUUUAUAUUAAAUACUGUUUCUCCAGAGUUUCCAGAGCUAGGAAUUGCCGGUACUAUGUUUGCAGAUGAUUCUAUUGUUGGAUUGGAAGUAUGCAAAUAUGGUCGUACCACACAUUACACAUGUGCUAAGAUAAGAUCUAUCAACUCAGUAGCAAAUGUGCAGGGAUUUAUAUAUGAGAAUAUGAUAAUAACAGACCAGAUAGGGUUGGAGGGGGAUAGUGGUGCACCUGUGUACGUGUAUACUGAUGUGCUUUCUUUAGGCAUACUUAAGGUUAAUCUUAUCGGUAUGUAUGCUAGUG